GCAUUGUUCUUGGUGUACAAAAUGCUGUGGGUAUUGUUGGAGGUGUUGCUGCUUCAAUAUUUACAGACAGAACAAGAUUGUUUGAGGAGACUGCUAAAGUGACUCUUGCACUUUCAUCAGUAUUCACAUCUUUAAUGAUGGUGACUUCCUGUAUUCCUCAUCAAGAAGUGUUGAUUGUAAUAUUUUUUAUGUGUCAAGGUAUUGUUUCAAGUGCAUCCUACCCAGUCACUGUAGAAUUGAUGAUUGAAACAUCAUAUCCAGUAGCAGAAGCCACAUCACUUGGACUUUCUCUGAUUGUUAUGCAUGUACAAGCCAUAAUAUUUACAUUUGUGUUAGAGUCUUUGAGUCGACCAAUGACUGAAUAUGAGAGAAUACAUCAGAAAUGCAUUUCUGCUCAUCACAAUCCAUCUUAUAAUAAUACCCAACCAAAAGACAUGACAGUUGCCAUGUUGUUUUAUGCCGGUCUCUCCGCACUACAAGCUAUUGGAAUCAUUAUAUUCUUUAAGUCAGAGAACAGAAGAAUAAAGAAAGAGAAGAUUGAAAAAAUAAUAGUAAAUAACCAAUGCUCAAUGAAUGAAGAUAAACCACUAAAUAUUUAG